GCGCGUUCUGCCAAUCGCUCUGCUCCAGGACGAUAUGCGGUCGAUCCGCUGAUAAGCACUGGCUUGGCGGUUUGACCUGCAGAACCAGCCAGCGUGCACGAAGCCUUCUCCGCAACAAGGGCUUAUCAUGCGGCACUCAGUGGAAUACUAUAUAGCAAGCAGAUUAUCAGUCCUGAUCGGCCUUUGGCCUCUCUAUGCACAGACAUCGCCGCCGACACCAUGUCUGAAGCGUCCAAAGAUGUCUUCGGCCAAGGCACCGAGGAAGACCUCACGCUUGAGCACUUGGGCUAUCAGCAAGAAUUCAAGCGGUCGUUCGGCCUCCUCGACAUGAUAGGCUUCAGCUUCAGUAUCGUUACCUGUUGGAGCGCACUUAGCGGCGUAUUCAUCGUCGGAGUGGAUGCUGGUGGCCCGCCGGUGAUGCUCUUCGGAUGGAUUGGCGUGUGUGUGCUUACCUUUGCGGUUGCCGUGUCCAUGGCGGAAUGGUGCUCACGAUGGCCCGUGGCUGGGGGGCAGUAUUCCUGGGUUUUUCUGCUAGCACCACCAAAGAUCGCUCGGCAGAUGUCGUACAUUACAGGGUGGUUCAUGUUAAUGGGUAUCCUUGCCAUGGGCUCUGCAAACAAUUCGUUCGCAGCGAAUUUCAUUCUCGGACAAGCAAAUCUGGUAUAUCCCGAGUACGUGAUUGAGCGUUGGCAUACCGUCCUAGUUACUUACGCAGUUGCAAUCUGGACUCUCAUGAUCAACAUCUUCAUGCCUCACCUGCUCAACCGCCUAUCCCGGGCGAUCCUACUGUGGAACGUCUGCUCGUUCAUCAUCAUAGUAGUAGUUCUGUUGGCAACGAAGACGGACAAGCAAGACGCCGCAUUCGUGUUCCAGGACUUCCAAAAUACGACCGGUUUUGGAUCCGCCAUGGCAACAAUGGUUGGAAUCCUUCAGAGCUUCUUUGGCAUGUGUUGUUACGAUACCCCAAGCCACAUGACAGAAGAGAUGACACACGCCUCGCGAGACGCUCCCAAGGCCAUGAUCAUGUCUGUCGGCAUGGGGGCCGUGACGGGGUUCGUUUUCCUGUUGACACUCUGCUUCUGCAUUGGCGACAUUACUGCCACUGCAAACUCUUCCACGGGGGUCCCUGUGAUUCAAAUCUUUUACGACUCGACCCAAAGCAAAGUAGGCGCUUGCUUCAUGGCCAGCAUGAUGACUGUGAUCAUGAUAGUUUCAGGAGUGAGUCUUGUUGCGGAAGGGUCUCGGGCACUAUUUGCAUUUGCGCGUGAUCGGGGGAUGCCAAGGAAAAUCCCGAUCUAUGCGAUCUUGUUCACUGUCGUGGUCCAGAUGGCGUUCAACUCCAUCUACUUUGGUACGGUCACUGGGUUCAACACGGUCGUGUCUAUCGCGACUACGGGAUUCUAUGUCUCAUACGGCCUAGUCCUUCUUGCUCGACUCCUCGGGUACUUCUUUGGCCAUGACGUUGCCCCAGUCGACAGUCCUUACUCCCUCCCAUUGCCGAUAUCGCUCAGUCUGCAUGGCCUUGGCUUUCUAUUCCUAUUCUUUGCAUUCAUCACCUUCAAUUUUCCAUCGGAUGCUCCGGUCACUCCAGACUCGAUGAACUACACAAGCGCGGCAAUUGGCUUGGUUGCGUUGCUGAGCAUCUUCACGUGGUUUACCACCGCCCGGAAGCAGUUCAAGGGGCCGGCCGACGUGCAGGGCUUGGUUCUAGACGGAGUAGAACAACCUGUAGUAGCAGGAGAAGCGAGUGCCGGGCUAUCUGAGAAAGUAAACCUGAGCACUUGAGCAUUGCGUAGUUGAUCUUAUUCUCGUUUGCCAUUUAAAUCUUCAUACUCUCUG